AAAUGAAUGUCAGUUGUAGGCGGUGAUGAUCCAGCUCCUCCUGUCACUUCAGUCGUGGACCACGUCGUGUUUCCUGUGUCCGGGAGCAGCACGGAGCUAACAGCUGGAUCUGCCCUCGGCUCGGUCACUAUGCCGCCGCGUAGAGGAGCCUCACAGCCCUGAGCGUGUGGGGCAGCUGAAGGAGCAGCAGCCAGAUGAUCACACCCAUGUCCGACAUUUGGGUGUGAACGACCCGGGACACCAUGUCUCUCUUGCUGAUCUCCUUCCUCCUGCUCCUGCUGGUUGGGAUCGGGCUGCUAUGUGUCAUCUUCAGGUGGCUCAUCUGCACCCUGGCUGUGCGAUUCUUCCAGACUGCACUCCACGCGGAGCUGAAGAUCAAAUCAAUCGGGCUGUUUUCUGUUCAAGGAGUUAGUAUCCAGUUUCACCCCCAGCAUACUCUGGAAAUUGACAGAAUAUGGAUUUCAAGUAAACUUCUAAACCAGGAUUUGCCGAGAUACCUGGCAUUAUGUGUCGGUGAAACCAGAGUGAGGUUUGACCUGCAAGCGCCACUGGGCCCUCUGGUAAAGAAGAGCCAUGGAAAAAAGUCCGGGAGGAUUUCAGUCAGCCCGACGACGCUCCGCUUUCUGUCACAACUGCUGUCGUUCCACAUCAGCUCCAUCAAUGUGAUGGUGCUGAACCUCGCACUGUCAGAGUCUCUGUGGCACAUGACUUUAACAGGCAUCACCUUGUUACUUGACCACCAGAGUAAACGGUUAGCGUGGGACUUCUCAGUCGGGCAGCUCAGCAGUAAAGUGCUUAAAAGCAGUCAACUGGACAUAUGUUUGGCUGAAGUGGCCUUGAGCCUGCUGCUGUCUGGAGAUGUGAGUCUACCAGACAUGAAGCCAGGUUGCCUGUCUCUGAAUGUGAGGACCCUCAUCGCAGAGCUGCAUGAGGGACUGUUCCUCAGCCAACUCCUGCUUCCCCCAUCUCCCUCAAGGAGUGUUCACAAUGCAUCAGAGAUGGAAACUACCAAUUUCAUCCACACUGAGGCUAUGGAGCGGGUUCAUCAGCUGAUUCCUCACACUGUCAAUUUGGAAUUUGAUAACACGAAUGUAACCCUGUCCAUGCACAGCCAGAAAAGGCACCUGAACUGGACCCUGAAGUCUCUAAAGGUUUCCUAUGGACGUGACGAUGAGCAGCUUCCUCUUAAAAGCUUCACUCCUGAGCUGAGCUUUCCCCAGAGUAGCCUGGAGCUCGUUCUAGAGGAUGGACUUCUCCUCUCUCAGAGCCGGCAAAGAAUCCUUUGUUUGAACACACUGAAGACUGCCAUGCAGGUUACGUCAAUUGACAUCUCAGGGUCAUUCACAGUAAACACUUGCAUCAUCCACUACCGCCACCAGGAGUUCUCCCAUUGGCUGAAUCUAUUUCCAUGGGAACAGCUAAUCCACAGGAAAGCGGCAAACAAAAAAAGUCCAUUAGAUUAUUUGCCCACCCUCCUUUCCCUCAGGCGCCUCCCUCACCUGGAUGCUCCUGUGAUGAUCACUUCCUCUGUGUCGAACGUUAAUGUGUCUGUUCAGCUGGGAGACACAACGCCUUUUGCUCUUGGCUUCCUGUCUGCCAGUGCAGAACUGCAACAUCUUCUCGACAUUAAAGUUGACAAAGAGAGUCCGGAGCCCCAGAACGUUCACCAGCGUGCUUCACUGUCCCUGGACAACUUCUGGUGGAGAGUGGGCCAAGGGUCUCACAUCCAACAAGCACCCCACCCUCCUGGUAAACAUGUGUGGGGAGAGGCCCUCAUUCUAGACUCACUCAGUCUUCAGGGGAGUUUAAACCGACCCCACAUGGAUCCGGGUAGCCAGUCUCCGAGUCUGAGCUUGGAGUCCAAACUGAAAGGGCUUCAAGUGGAACUUUCAGAGACCUGUGCACUGUGUCUGUCUCGUCUGCUGUCCCUCAUUUGUUUCCCUGGUGAUGCUGGGCCACAGCUGCCAGAUGUGGCCGCAGCGACUCCCUCUACUGAUGAAACCGUCCAACGCAUCCCGUCCUCACAGCUACACCUGCUUUUUAAACUGGACUGCUGCCUGGAGGAUGUCAAUGUGUUCACAUUCUCGAAUCUGGCGGGAGCUGUGUCUUUGCGGAUGGACACCGUGGGAGUCUUGAGCUCUGCAGAGACCUCCACUGUGACUCUACAGGACGUGAGUUUGUCUGUGGUCAAAACACUCGCCGAGAACAUGGAAACAUGUUGCCCUGCCUCGCAAACCCCUCACCCUGUGUUCAAACUCUCCACGAUAGAGUUCUGCUACCACCUCACCACCCACACCUUACAGGUUCAAAGUGAAGAAGAGCUCACUGUUGAAUGGACGCCACCAGACCACAUGGUCUUAUAUCAGCACAUGACCGAAGCUCAGGCUUGUUGGCAUAUGCUCUGUGGAGAGAAGGAAGAGGACGCUGCAGUCACACCUCCAGAGUCUAAAGUUGUGUCAGGGCAAAGAAGAAGGCUGUGCGUGCGUGUGGAACUGGCCUGUACACGUUUGACUGCCCAUGUUAGUGAAGAGAACUACAUCCUCCUGCACACAGAGGGCCUCUCAGUCUCCAAGCAUGACGGCUCCAUGCACAUACGCUCACCUUCACUGACCUUCGACUUUGAUGGCAACAACAUCGUCUUCUUUAAAGAUCUAGAUGUGGAGACACAGGAAGAGAUGAGUGAGAUGCAGCUGCACAGAGACACUUUCCCUUUCCUCAUCACUCCUCACAACCGAGUCUGGGUUCUCACGUGUCCUUCGUUGACUGUCGAGUUCCCAUACCAGUACAAUUUCUCAGACACCUUUGACAAAGCCAUCAGUGUGCAGAAGUGGUUGAAGACUCUCCAUCGCUCCCCGGGCCAGGCAUCUGCCGUCCAACCUCUGCCUCCGGACCUGGUGUUCAAAAUCAGCCAGUUCUCGUUUGUCUUCCUGGAUGACGUCUUUGAAAUCAAGCUGCGAGACAACUACGAGCUGAUGAAGGACGAGAGUAAGGAAAGUGCAAAGCGUCUGCAGCUUCUAGAUAAGAAGGUGGCAGAUCUUCGCAAGCAGCAUGGAGAACUUCUGCCUGCCCGAAAAAUAGAAGAGCUGUAUAGUUCACUGGAGAAAAAGCACAUCGAGAUCUACAUCCAGCGCUCACGCCGCCUUUACGCAAACACACCCAUGAGGAAGUCUCUGCUGACGUGGACUGUGUCAGACUUGGAGCUUGUAGCCCUGGCUGAUGAGUCUCUUCAUGGGCCGGACAGGGUGAGAGAGCAACUGAGGGACAUUGAUAAGAUCAGUCCCUUCCCCAGAGAAAGUCUCCCCCUGGUGGUCCAGUGGUGCCGUGCAGUCAAGUUUAAACUAACUGCAUUUUUGGUGAGGAUUCGAGACUUCCCUCGCUACCUGUUUGAGAUCCGGGACUGGGAGCUCUCAGGGCGUCUGAUUGGGACAGAGCAGGACGGACAGGCGAGAGCUCGUCGCAAAGAGAUUGUCCCACUCGGUCAACCAUGGGGAGAUGUAACAGUCCAAAGGAAUAUGCCACCACUCAAGUUCUACUAUGAUUUCAAAUCAAACAUCUCUCUCUACACAAUCGUUUGGGGGCCAUGUUGGGACCCGGCCUGGACUUUGGUCGGCCAGUCAGUCGACCUCCUGACCAAACCCACAGUUGAUCCCUCGCCACCCUUGGCUUGGUGGGACAAAAGUCGUCUCCUGAUGCACGGACACUGGGAAAUGGACAUUGAUCAGGCGAAUCUCCAUCAACUGGCUACAGAGGACCCUUAUAACACAACAGAAAACUUGCACUGGGAAUGGAAUAAGGUGAACUUUGACUGGAACCCAGGACAGUUUGUUUUUAAAGGAGACUUGGAUGUGAAUGUCAGGACAGCAUCAAAGUAUGAUGACAUUUGUUUUCUACGUCUACCCAACCUGUGUAUGACCCUCGACCUCCAAUGGCUUUGUCAUGGCAACCCCCACGACCACCACGCUGUAAUGGUCUGCUGUGCCGAUAAUGUUGCAGACGUGACCUCAGGACAACCUCAUGACUCCUACAGAGCCUUUCGCUCUGAGAACCUCAACCUCUCAAUCACCAUGGACCUUAACCAGCACUGUGGCACAGAACCGUGUCAACCGAGAAUCCUGCUGUACAGCAGCACUCUGCGCUGGAUGCAGAACUUCUGGGCCACCUGGACCGGUGUAUCCCGACCAAUCUGCAGAGGAAAGCUCUUCCACAGCCUCAGGCCGAUCCGCAGGAAGCUCGGUCAGCACUACAAACAGAUGUCCUACACAGCCGCCUUCCCACAACUACAAGUGCAUUACUGGGCCUCCUUUGCUCAGCAGAGAGGUAUUCAGGUGGAAUGCAGCAAAGGCCAUGUCUUCACUCGAGGGGCACAGAGACUUAUUCCUCAAGCCGGCACUGUGAUGAGGAGGCUGAUCUCUGAAUGGAAUGUGACUCAGAUGGUUAGUGAGCUCUCACAGGUGACGGUUCACCUGAUGGCCUCCACCUGGGAUGAGACGGCCGACCACCAGAUCAACGCUCAGGUGAAGAAAACGCACCUGCUCAGCCUGUCGUCCCUCAGCUACCAGCGACAGAGCAACCGCAUGGAGGAGGAGGUGAACCAGAAGGAUGAGACAAAUAAUUCGUACACUCACAAACUGCGCCUGGUCGACCUGCGUGCUUCGUGGACCACCACCAACAGGAACAUAGCGUUUGGCCUGUACGACGGUUACAAAAAGGCAUCUGUGCUGAAGAGAAAUCUGUCCACGGAGGCUUUGAAGGGUCUGAGGAUUGACACACAGCUGCAGACCAAAAAACUCAAACGCACUCCUUCCAACUACUCUCCCACCACAGCUCCCACAACGCCCACAGUCGCUCGGGCAGAGAAGACUCAAAAUGAAGGAACAUCAAUGCUCCAGAAGCUAAUCGAGGAAACCGACAAGUUUGUGGUGUUUUCAGAAGAGGACUCGGGUGUCAGCGACCAACUGUGUGGCAUCGCAGCCUGUCAGACCGACGACGUCUAUAACCGCAACUGGUUCAUUGAAUUAGUCAACUGUCAGAUGAUGAUGCAAGGCACAGAGACAGCAGGCUGUGUCUUGGUGUCUGCAGCAAAAGCUCAGCUUCUACAGUGUGAGCACCAUCCCGCCUGGUACAAUGACACCCUGAAGCAGAAGACCACCUGGACCUGUCUGCUGGACGGCAUGCAGUACUUUGCCACCAUGGAGCCCAACCCAUCCGAGCAAGAGGACAGGCAGCUGUGGCUGGAGGUGAAAAACAUCGAGGAACACCGGCAGCGUAACCUGGACUCUGUGUUGGAGCUGAUGGAAAGUGGCCAGGCUGUGGGAGGAAUGGUUUGCACCACCACAGAUUGGAACCAGCCAGCUCAAGUGAAUGAGGCUCAGCAGGUUCAGCGCAUCAUCUCACGCUGUAGCUGCCGGAUGCACUACAUCAGUUACAGUCACGACAUUAACCCGGAGCUGGCCACGCAGAUCAAACCACCAGAGCUGAGGAAUGACCAUGAGAAAGAGGACCUGCUCAAAAAACAGGCUGGGGCUGUGGACACCUUCACCCUCAUUCACCAUGAUCUUGAGAUAUCCACUAACCCUGUUCAGUACGCUAUGAUCCUGGACAUUGUCAACAACCUUUUGUUGCACGUGGAGCCAAGACGCAAAGAGCACAGUGAGAAAAAGCAGCGAGUCCGUUUCCAGCUGGAAAUUUCUAGUAACCCAGAGGAGCAGCGCAGCAGCAUUUUGCAUCUCCAGGAGGCCGUGAGGCAGCAUCUCGCUCAGAUCCGACGCCUUGAGAAGCAGAUUUACUCCAACAUCAGGGCACAACCCGAGGAGCUGAGCAGUGAUGAACUAAUGGAGAUCAACACCCGACUACAGAACCAGCUAAACCAGGAGAAGAAUGACAUGCAGAUGAAGAGUGAAGAGCUCAACAUUCUUAUCAGGUGUUUUAAGGACUUCCAGCUGCAACGUGCAAACAAGCUGGAGCUGCGUAAGCCCCCAGAGGACGUGAGUGUGGUGAGGAGAACAGAGUUCUACUUUGCUCAGGCCCGCUGGUGUUUGACUGAAGAGGACGGGCAGCUUGGUAUCGCUGAGCUGGAGCUGCAGAGAUUCAUGUACAGCAAGCUGAACAAGUCUGAUGACACGGCCGAGCAUCUUUUGGAGCUUGGGUGGUUCACAAUGAACAACCUGCUGCCCAAUGCAGCAUACAAGGUCGUACUUCGUCCUCAGAGUAACUGUCAGUCAGGACGCCAGUUUGCCCUGCGGAUUUUCAGUAAAGUGCGCCCCCCUGUGGGUGGAAUCUCAGUGAAGGAACAUUUUGAGGUGAAUGUGGUGCCUCUCACCAUCCAGCUGAUGUACCAGUUCUUCAAAAGAAUGAUGGGAUUUUUCUUCCCCGGAAGAAAUGUAGAGGAGGAGGAGGUCACUGAUGAGGAAGACAAAUUCAGAUUGGUUACUACUGGUAUCCCUGUCAAGUCUCGACAGUCGUCAGAGGACACCAUGGGCGCUAUGGGCCCCAGCAAAGGUGUCACCCAGGGACUGAACCGCUCUGCUGGGGUCAGGAGGUCAUUCAGGAAACCUCCAGAGCACCCUGUUGAUGACAUUGACAAAAUGAAGGAGCGAGCUGCUAUGAACAACUCCUUCAUCUACGUCAAGAUUCCACAAGUGCCCCUCUGUGUCAGCUACAAGGGAGAAAAGAGCAGCGUGGACUGGAAGGACCUGAACCUGGUUCUGCCUUGUUUGGAGUAUCACAACAACACCUGGACGUGGCUCGACUUUGCCAUGGCUGUGAAAAGAGACAGCCGGAAAGCUCUUGUAGCACAGAUGAUAAAAGAGAAGCUGCGUUUGAAGCCGGCCGCGGGCUCGGACAUGCGGGGGAAGGCGUCUGAGGGGAAGUCGGACAACAGCCUGCAGCAGCAGGAGGAGGACGAGAAGGCGCGGCUCCUCAUCGGCCUCAGCGCUGCAGACAAGAGCUUCAGUAAAAAGAGCAUCUUCAGUCGACGCAAGUGAACCAACAAACACUCAACACAUUUCACACCGAGCCAGAGCUCAACUGGACGAUCCACCACGGACCCUCAGAAUAUCAGCCUGUCUCUUUGAACCACAAGGAAAAGUGAGUGGAACAUUUCAAACUGUUAUUGAGAAUAGUUUACUGUAUCAUAUGAGCCUGCUGAAGUUAAAGACUUUUAUUUUUCACUCCUGAGAUUUGAAUUUAUGCCCAAAAUCCCUGAGAGGGAACUCCGCACCAGGAGUAACACGGUGCCAUUUUGACCAAAUAUAUUAUCUUAUCUUCUUUAUUUGUGUGCCAUCAAAAGUCUCUGCAUUUCAAACACUCUGCAACUUUGAAACUAGUGACCCCUCAGGUUGUAGUGAAUGUAGCGGGGGAAGAUUUACAGUAUGUAAGUAGCACUUCACUGUUACUGUUCCGCUGCUUCUGUAAUACUGAGAGCAACUGUUCCUGCUGGUUCAGGAACUCACGCUAGCUCAAGAACUGGUGGAAUAACUAGGACUCGAAUGAAAGCACCUUCAUCGCUGUCAGCUGUAAAACUUAGACUUUGAAAUGUCAUCAAUAAAUAUAUCAAUAUGUUUUAAUAAAGCUUAUAGAGGUUGCUCGAGGCUGAAUGACUGUCACAGACACGAAGGCCUUUUCCCAUCAAAGAAAACCCCUCAGCUCGCUGUCUGACUGUAUCCUCAUCUCAGUGCAAUACAUCCCUAACAGCAGCUGAAACGUUUUCAUGUCGUAUCACGCGGUGCUCAGAUAUCGUGGCAAACAGAAAUAUGCUGCCGCUAAUCGCUGAGUGUAUGUUUUUGUAAUUUUGUCACUAAAGCACUUUUUAUGCAAAGUAUUUUGAUAUUUUUGUAAUUAUGGUUGUUUUGCGUUAAAUUACUUGUAUAACUGCGCUGCUAAGCUUUGUUUAUUUCACUCCCAUUUCUAUUAAGAAGAAGAAAAUAUGCUCUAAACAUUUCAAUGAAAAAAGGAUGAUAUCACAAACGCAGACGCGUUAAUGUUUCUAUCGGCUCUGUGGCUUAUUGUUUAUCGGUCAAUAAAAGUGUUCUAGUCUCUCA